CUUGCAUUUGAACACACAGAGAGGCGAGGCAAAGCCGUUAUCAGUUCAAAAACUCCCGGCGGAGGGAGAAAGACAGAGCCUCCGGCUGAAAUGGCGGCUCUCAGAUUGCCAACAAGGCCUGUGCAGACCGUCCAUGGCUAUCGACCCGUUUUGACCUCUCCUUCGUUGGCUUCUGGUUUUGUAUCCAGAACCUUGGCGCUUGUUUAUCCUUCUAUCUUGCUGCCGAGACACAGAACGACUCGGUCAGUGCAGAUUAGGGCUAAAAGCUCAUCAGCAUCAGUACAGCCUGUGACUGAGGAUGCUAAGGAUAAUUAUCAGCCCAAGGAUGUCUUUCUUAGUGGAGAUUCAAUACGCCGCCGUUUUCUUGAAUUUUAUGCCUCUCGUGGGCAUAAGAUUCUUCCAAGUUCUUCUCUUGUUCCAGAAGAUCCUACUGUUCUGCUAACAAUUGCUGGAAUGCUUCAAUUCAAACCUAUUUUUCUCGGGAAGGUACCUAGGCAGGUUCCUCGGGCUACAACUGCACAGAGAUGCAUACGUACAAAUGAUGUAGAAAACGUUGGCAGAACUGCCAGACAUCAUACAUUCUUCGAGAUGCUUGGUAACUUCAGUUUUGGAGAUUACUUCAAGAAAGACGCGAUCAGAUGGGCGUGGGAGCUGUCUACAAUCGAAUUUGGAUUACCUGUUAAUAGACUUUGGGUUAGCAUUUACGAAGACGACGAUGAAGCUUUUGAGAUCUGGCAUAAUGAAGUCGGUGUUCCAGCUGAGCGUAUAAAGAGAAUGGGCGAAGAAGACAACUUUUGGACCAGUGGACCAACUGGCCCUUGUGGUCCAUGCUCAGAGUUGUAUUAUGAUUUCCAUCCUGAUAAAGGUCCUGAUAACGUCGACCUUGGGGAUGAUACCAGAUUCAUUGAGUUUUACAAUCUGGUUUUUAUGCAGUAUAACAAGAAGGAAGACAGAUCACUCGAACCCUUGAAACAGAAAAACAUAGACACUGGUCUUGGCCUGGAACGUAUGGCGCAAAUUCUUCAGAAGGUCCCAAACAAUUACGAGACAGACCUGAUUUAUCCCAUCAUAGAGAAGGCCUCACAGUUGGCAAAUAUCUCAUACACUUCCGCUAAUGAUCAGACAAAGACGAGUCUAAAAGUGAUUGGAGAUCACAUGCGGGCAAUUGUCUAUCUCAUAUCAGAUGGUGUCGUGCCUUCAAAUAUUGGUAGAGGUUAUGUUGUAAGGAGGUUGAUAAGAAGGGCAGUUCGCACGGGUAAGUCUCUUGGUAUACAUGGGGAUGGCAAAGGCGAUCCCAAAGGAGCAUUUUUGCCAACAAUUGCUGAAAAAGUGGUAGAGAUGAGCGCAGAUAUUGAUCUAGAUGUAAAAUCGAGAGAAUCUCGCAUUCUCGAGGAAAUCACGCGGGAGGAACUUCAAUUUAAGCAAACCCUAGAAAGAGGCGAAAAAUUGCUUGACCAAAUGCUUCAAGAAGCCGUGUCAGAUGUUGUGGAAACUGGAAACAGGCCUUGUCUAUCAGGAAAAGAUGCAUUUCUUCUUUAUGAUACAUAUGGGUUUCCCAUUGAGAUAACCAUAGAAAUGGCCGGGGAGCAUGGGGUUGAUGUAGAUAUGGAUGGCUUUGAAGUGGAAAUGGAGAAUCAAAGGCGUCAAUCUCAAGCUGCUCAUACUGUUGUCAAACUGACAGUUGAAGAUGGCAGCAGCAUAGCCGAAAAUAUAGAUGACACUGAGUUCCUUGGAUACAACACUCUUUCGACUCGUGCAGUAGUGCAAAGCCUCUUGGUUGACGGGAAGCCUGUCAUACGGGUUCCCGAAGGAAGUGAUGUAGAGGUUCUUCUGAACAGGACACCGUUCUAUGCAGAAUCGGGAGGUCAAAUUGCAGAUAAUGGGUUUCUAUAUGUUAAUGGUGAUGGGAAUCAACAGACUGCUGUUGUUGAGGUCAGGGAUGUUCAAAAGUCUCUUGGUAACAUUUUUGUCCACAAGGGUACUGUCAAAGGCGGGGUCUUGGAAGUUGGGAAGGAAGUCGAAGCAACAGUGGAUCCAUACCUAAGGAAACGAGCAAAGGUUCACCAUACUGCCACCCAUUUAUUACAAUCGGGACUUAAGAAAGUAAUAGGACAAGAAACAUCACAAGCUGGUUCCUUGGUGGCUUUUGAUCGCCUCAGAUUCGACUUCAACUUUCAUAGGCCCCUGCAUGACAGUGAGCUCGAGGAGAUUGAAAAUCUGAUCAAUGGGUGGAUCGCUGAUGCAACACGUCUGGAAACAAAAGUGAUGCCUCUUGCUGAUGCAAAACAAGCUGGAGCCAUUGCUAUGUUUGGAGAAAAAUACGGUGAAGAGGUUCGUGUGGUGGAAGUUCCGGGUGUAUCCAUGGAACUUUGUGGUGGCACCCAUGUCGGGAAUACUGCUGAAAUACGAGCCUUCAAGAUAAUAUCAGAACAAGGAAUUGCAUCUGGAGUCAGGCGUAUUGAAGCUGUUGCUGGUGAAGCAUUCAUCGAAUACAUAAAUGCCCGGGAUUCCCAGAUGAGACGACUGUGCUCAACUCUCAAGGUGAAAGCGGAAGACGUGGCAACCAGGGUGGAGAAUCUUCUAGACGAAUUACGAGCAGCGAGAAAGGAGGUGUCAGACUUGCGUUCGAAAGCAGCGAUCUAUAGAGCAUCUGUCCUUGCAAACAAGGCAUUCACCUUGGGAACUUCACAGACUGUAAGAGUAAUAGUUGAGUCGAUGGAUGACGCUGAUGCUGACUCGCUAAAGAACGCUGCCGAGCAUCUGCUAAGCACGUUAGAAGAUCCAGCUGCAGUGAUACUAGGAUCAUGUCCGGACAAGGACAAGGUUAGUUUAGUUGCUGCUUUCAGUCCCAGUGUAGUGGCUCUCGGCGUUCAAGCGGGGAAGUUCAUAGGAUCCAUAGCUAAGAUGUGCGGUGGAGGAGGCGGUGGCAGGCCGAAUUUCGCUCAAGCAGGAGGAAGAAAACCCGAAAAUCUCCCGAGUGCCUUGGAGAAAGCUCGGGAAGAUAUCGUGGCAACUCUAUCCGAAAAAGUCGGGUGAAAAAACUGUAAUCCAAGUCUUGGUUUUGAUCUUGAUCCAGUCUACACAGAUAUCUGCAGAACAAAAUUGUGCUGAAAAGAAAAGCCCAGUCCUUGUUAGUUCAUCAUGUGAUUUGAGAAAGUAAAUUUGAUGUAUAGAUACAAGAUUUGGUGAUGUAAAUUUCUAUGUAUAAUACAUUGUAUGACCAUGCCCAGUUUACCAAUUCAAAAAGGUCGUUUUCUGCCAUGAAA